AUGAGACUCAACUCCCGUGGUAUUCGAGGCACAUUUGUAAGUUUAGUCUAAAACACAACCGGCUUUUAGAUCCAUAAGUGCUAACCUUCUAUAAGCACUGGGGAAUCUUUGUAACUGGAAAAGCUCCAACUGGUGUACUUUAUCACAUCACCAACAAGUCAGGGGGCUGGAAACUCGAAGUUAAAACGAGCAGAGACGUGUAUUCGUCCAUGAGUCUGGUACUCAUCUUCAAGAUCGGGCCCGUGUCUUCAACAUCGACUCUAGACCAGGUACUUCGCGGUUUAAAAUCAGAUGGCUCCCCAUCAGCCAGAACCGGAGAGCCGACAACUUGUAGAGUUUGGGUCAAGGAUGGCUUAUGCGCCCUCCAUGACAAUAAGGUUGUUAAAAUGUCUUCCAGCAUCGGUUAGUUCCCAACAUCACGCUUCUUUAGCGGCAUUUCCUAACUAAUUUCAACUUGAAGAUAAUAUUGAAAGGGAAGCGUUCGCCAUUGGUACCCGCUUGGAACCCGGGGUUGAGCAAGGUGGCCAACCUGAGAUCUCUGAGUGUCAGUCUUAG